AUGACAACUCCUAAAGGUUCGUCUGAUCAGAACGAGAACCAAGCCCUGGACCAUCAUCAGACCACAUCGUCCUCUUGCAUGAUCACAAACUGUAUUGUCCCUGCUGUCUCGUGCUUCCACCCGAGAAUCAGAAGACGUAAGAAGAAAACUGAUCACCGUAACAAUGGUCCUGAGCUUGUGGCUGAGCCUGUGGACGUCAGGUCCAUGUCGUUUGUUGGGACGCAUGAGUACUUGGCUCCUGAGAUUGUUUCAGGAGAAGGGCAUGGAAGUGCGGUGGACUGGUGGACAUUGGGGAUAUUCAUGUUCGAGCUGUUCUACGGAACGACGCCUUUCAAGGGAAUGGACCAUGAGCUAACGCUUGCCAACAUCGUGGCUCGAGCCCUUGAAAUCCCGAAAGAGCCAACAAUUCCAAGUGCGGCCAAGGAUCUGAUCUCUCAGCUACUAGCCAAGGACCCGGCCCGACGCUUGGGGUCGUCUCUAGGUGCAUCGGCCGUGAAACGCCACCCGUUUUUCGAAGGAGUGAAUUGGGCUUUGCUCAUGUGUACUCGUCCUCCUUUUCUCCCACCGCCUUUCCGCAAAGAACUUUUGUCGGAUGACAUUUGUCCCGAAACCCAUGUGGACUAUUAUUAG